AAUUCAUGAUUAGUUGGGAAAAUGAGUCUGUUCAUUUUAUUUUUAUCAAUUUGGUAAUCAUAAUAAAAAUAAAAGGCGAGGACCGAAGAGAGCCAUAUUUUUAACUAGCAACACCGAAGUCCGUUCUUUCAUUUCCAAAAGUAAAAUAAGACUCGCAAUGGCUGACGCGCCGUCAACUGCGCCUAAGGCGAAAGCGCCUAAAACAAAGGCCCCCAAAGAGAAGCCAGCCAAGACCGCCCCGGCUGCCCCUGCAGAGCCCCCGAAGGCGGUUCGCAAAGUAUCUUCAAAGCCUCGUCACGGACGACUGUAUGCUAAGGCAGUGUUCACAGGAUACAAACGUGGACUCCGUAACCAGCACGAAAACACAGCUCUCCUCAAGAUUGAAGGUGCCCGCAACCGCUUAGAUGCUGAUUUCUAUGCUGGCAAAAAGUGUGUAUAUGUAUACCGUGCCAAGAAGAGGACACCCAUCGCCGGUGGCCCCAAAGGCAAGAAGACCAAGCUGCGUGCGAUCUGGGGCAAAGUGACCCGGCCCCAUGGUAGCUCUGGCAGCGUCCGUGCCCGCUUCAAGUCCAACCUGCCCGCUCAUGCUAUGGGACACAGGAUACGAGUGAUGCUGUAUCCUUCCAGGAUCUAAAAUCCUGUUAUAUUAUAAGCUAAAUAAACACAUAAAAAACA